AUGACACGAGGAUUAGUAAAUGAGAUACCAGAUAUGACAGGACGAGAAUUGAAUUUCAUAACAACAAUGGUAUUAACAAAGGCAUCGCAAUACUUGAUAAAAACCUUGGGACAAAUAUUGCUUACACAUAUAGCAAACACGGGCAAAAGGAUUACACAACAAUACAUUGAAGACUAUGUAGAAAAACACGUAACAGAACUAGUAAAAGAAAUACUACACAAUUAUAUAACACCGAUAAUUACAAGGGGAAAAGAUAACGGGCGACUUGAAAACUUAGGAAUAAUGGACCAUUUUUGGGAUGCACUCCCAAAACCAGGAUUCCUAAGAAAACGAAAAGUAUAA